UCACCCGAGACUCAGUUUCAGAUGAACAGACACACGCACAUUUUUUCGAAACCUAUAGCUUUAUAUGCACACGAGAGUUUGACAGAUGGCUGCGAAUACAGUGAACGAAUCCAAAACAAACCGUGAGGUCUUGCUGGGCUUCUUAGAGGAGGCAGAAACAUGGCAGCUUCUUAGUAACCAGUUUCCUAGUAAAGUCGGAGGGAGACCUGCGUGGUUGAGCCAAGUGGAUUUGCCAACAGUGUCUGAGUUACAGUGUGACAAAUGUAAACUUCCAACAGUGUUUCUUCUGCAGGUCUACGCACCAAUAACGGAAUAUGAUCGAUGUUUUCACAGAACACUGUUUGUGUUCUGCUGCAAGACACCAGCCUGCUAUACGCGAAAUGAUAACAAGUGUUUUAAAGUGUUUAGAUGCCAGCUGCCAAGAAAAAAUGACUUCUACCCCUUUGAUCCUCCACCUGAUGAGAAGCCAGAGCAGCUUGUGAAUAAGCAUCAGGUGCUGGACUCUGGGCUCAAACUGUGCAGGCUGUGUGGUUGUCUGGGACAGAAAGCCUGCUCUCGAUGUCACUCUGUCACAUACUGCUGUAAAGAGCAUCAGACCAUAGACUGGAAACAGAGACACAAGAAAGAAUGUUCUAAUGAGUCUUCUCAAUGCUCUGAGGAGCUCAGUUCAUUUCUGUUUCCUGAGUGGGAGCUGGUUACAGAGGCAGAAGAGCUUCCAGCAAAAGAUGAGGAACUCCAUGAAGCCCACAGUCUGGAUCAGGAGAGCAUGGCAUGCUUAAAUAAUGGUUUGGAGGACAGUGAACUUGAAAGUAUGGCCCUUCAUGAAACACAAGACUCUAAAGUGUUUCAGAAGUUCAAGAAGCGCAUUGCUAAUGAACCACAACAGGUUUUGCGGUAUUGCAAAGUAGGAUCUCCUCUCUGGGUGUCAGCUGAACAUGUGCCACGUGAGGAGGAUGUUCCAGAAUGUCCAUGUGGUGCAAAACGUCUGUUUGAAUUUCAGAUCAUGCCUCAGUUACUUAAUCACCUCAAAGUGGAUACGACGGAUGCCAGCAUAGACUGGGGGACAGUGGCCAUCUACACCUGUGCUGACAGCUGUGACCAAGGCACCAAAUAUUCUGCUGAGUUCAUCUGGAAACAAGACUUUUCAGGAGAUCAAGCAGUGUAGAAUUGGUCUAGUCAAAUGAACUAGAAUUCAGACUUAUGCAUGGAAAAACCACAUUAUAAUAAAGGCUUUGGUUAUUUUAA